UCUGCUUCGACUUAAUAUCAUUAAAGUGAUAGAACUUAGUCAAAAGCAUUUGCACAAGAUAAAUAGCAAGGAUGAAUUCUUUAAAAGAUUGUACUCAGUGAUACACAGUAAUGACCCAAUGGCAAGAGCACUAACACUGAGAUUGUUUGCUUGCAUUUCAACUAUAAUAGCUGACAAAAAAGCAGUACAUCACAGUGUUUGGAGAGGGUUAGAAUCUAACUACACAGUUGAAGUGGAGGCAGCAAUUAAAGCCACUGAUUCUUUGUGCCAACAUUCAAGCGACUUUGCAGUCGGAGUAUACGAUAAAGUAGCAGCUAUUGUUAAAGGAAUAAGAGUGACGCCUGAGAUGAAACUGAAAGUGAUCACUGUAAUGAAGAGAAUGAAUCACACUUUAGCUAUAGCAAAACAAGUCAGAGAUGUCUGCAUACAGCUAUUAUCCACACAUUCUUCAACUCCAUUUAUUAUCACAAUCCUGACCACUUUGACUGAGCUGUGCCUCUCCGUUAUUGUCCAGAUUCCCGAGCAGAUAGUACUCCUACUUGAUUUUGCGGCUCAAGAUCCUCGUCGGUUGAUAAGAAUGCACUCACUCAAUAAAUUAUACCGAGUAACAAUAGCUCAUCCUCAUUACUGGGAUAGCAAUAACGUUGAGGUUCGUAUGUAUGUGCAUGCAUGUAAUUUUUUACAAAUUUUAAAAGUUGCUCCAAAAUUCGGCCAUAGGCCAAAGGCUAUACCCUUGGGUCUUUAG